GUUUUUUUUUAAAGGCCGAACAGCGCUGGCCUCCUUACAGUUUAUCUCUACUGUUUUAUUUUGUGUGUGCGAAAAUUUCCACACAAAUUAUUUAAUACCUAGCUACUGAAACUUUCCUUUUCACAUUUUGGAAUUUCGAUGGACAAGGGCGGGGUUUCAAGGGCUGAACUUCAAAAGCGAAAUGAAUUAUCGUGAACUUCAUCGUGGCGUGUCCUACCCUACGGCAUUAUAAAAUAUGUAAGUUAGAUUAGACGAAGAUGAUAUAUCAAAAGUUUACUUUAAGACAUCAGGCGCUGAUGUAGUUGUUAUACUGUCCGAAAUGCACUAUGUUCCAGAUGCACUAUGUUCCAGUGAAGCAGCUCCGAAGUAGAGGGGUGGUGGCACAUUCUCGCACAGUUGACACAACCUUCAAAAUGAGCGUACCGCGUCUAUGUUUACUCUGUGCAGUGCUCUGUAUAAAUAAUUCUGUUGCAUCCGUGCAAGAUGUGCCGGUUCCCGUUCGAGAUGAGCCGGUUAAAAGGAUCCAGUUACUUGACGGUGUUCGUGUGACAAUACCGGCAAAUAAUACCAGGAGGAUUUUGUCAUUUGAAAUUGAUACCAAUAGAAGUAUGGGUGAAGAACGUGGUAAGAAAAAUAAACUUCUGGAGAGGAUACUGCCACUGUUCAUCAUGCCAUUCCUUCUGCAAUCUGCCAUAGUGCCGCUCUUCUUGAGCAUGCUUAAGUUCAUGCUUUUCAAAUCUCUAAUGGUCGGAAAAUUGGCGUUGACGCUGAUUAUAUUCAACGCAUUCAAAAAUCAUAAUGUCGUCAAAGGAAGAGACGCAAUGAUGGCUGAUGCCCACUACGGAUACCAUGGAAAUGAGUAUGGAGCUUACAUCAACUGAAGAAAGAAACGGCUCUAAGAGGAUUCAAUUAACUAAUGGAGCCUCAUUACAACAAACGAAACAAAAGUUUCUGGAGCACUGUACCCCUAGCACGAACCAUUAUCGAAUUCGAAUAGUUUGCGAGUGCGAAAUGUCAAUGUCAAAUUUUGUAUGAAAACUUGAACAGCAGAGCCACAGUACGUGAC